GAUCAUGGGCGGAACCUUAGUUUGUUGGAUCAUGGGAAAAUCUGUAAAAAUUAAAAAAACCAGAAAAAGUUAAGAGAGGUGAUGUCUAAAUAAUAAAUUGCAUAAUCAAGGCAUCGUGCUGAGAAUAACGCAUGUAUGAAAGAAGUAGAUCCUUGUAAACAAGUCGCAUGUAAAUUACAGCAAUGCUUAAAAGCGGAAGGCCACAAAAUAGAUCAUGAAGCGAAGAGCAGUGCUGAAAGAUGCUCCUUUUUAUAUGCGUCACCCGAGGCUAUUCGUUAUACCAACAGUUUUUCUAUCUGUAGCAAUAUUUUACAGUAAACAGAUCUACGAUUUUUCAGUAUCUUCUCCUGAGAAGAAUAUUGAAUUUCCACAGAAGAAGCUGCUUAACGAAUCAAACAAUGGCCAGUAAAGUGGACGUUCUAAGAAACUCAAAAGAUCAUUUACAAAGAUAUCCAGUUUUGCUCAAUCGUUGUCAUGAAUCAGCUUUAAUAUACGCUAAUUGUGUGAUAAGAAAAGUUAACUUGGAGAAAAAUAACUGUCAGUCAGCAUUUAACAAUUUUAAAGUGUGUUUAAUAAAAAAUGUCAUUGAAAGAAAAGCUAAUUCAUAAUGAAAAGUAACCAUCUGCAUGACGAAAUUCAAUAACUUAAAUUGUAGAAUUCUACCUUGUAAUUUUUCUUUAUUUCACUGCUGAAUUUACAGUUUAAGUUUAAA